GCUUCAGGGUGACUCUGCUCACCUUUACGGACCUGGACCUCGAUAACGACGAGCUUGGUGGUACCUUGGGCUGGUUUGAGCACAGCCAAAGCUACAAGGUGGUCGCUUAUCACGUCUUCCUGGCCACGGACGAAAUUGGCUCGAACCGCUUCCGCAUCAGCAAUGGGACAGGCAUCCCCCAAGGGAGCAACGAGUUUGACGUGGAGCCCGACACCACGGUCUGGUUGGCGGGAAGCCAGCACGCAACCCACUUCUGUGUCUUCCAGGUUAGCUUCACCGAUCUAGACCUGGACGUGAACCAAUUCGGCGGGAAUUUGACUUGGCAGCAGCCUUCUCUCGACACUGGCCUGAUCACCCACUACAUGGUGUACUUCAGCUUGGACGCCGCUGGCCUGGACAACCGCUACAACGACACGGAGCUGGAGGAACUUGGAGCCCUUUCCUACGUGGAGAUGGGCGAAGUGCCUUACGGCACCAACAGCUUCGAAGUGCCGGCCGGAACCCUGCGGUCCAGUUACUCGCACUUCCUGGUCUACUCGCGCUCAACCCUCGCCGAAGCCUCCACGCCGGCAUUUCUGUCCUUCCUCGGCGCCGCCCUGAACGCCUCGGUCACAGAGGUGAACUUCACGGACGAUGAGGCUUUGCAGGCUGCCCUGCGUUGUUUCCCUGACUACUAUCCCUUCGACUACCGCAAGUGCUGCCGCGAUCCCGGCAACGCGUGGUUCCGAAAGAACGUGGAAGAGCAGUGCUGGGCAGUUCAGAGCGGCAUCACUUUCGAAAAGUGCUGUACCUUCAAGUUUGGACCGGGGCUUCGAGGUCUGCCUUAUGCUAGCCACGCAGAUCCAUCUGCACCGACAGAGUUUGACCUGCCCGUUGGCCGCCUGGUUUUGAGGUCCGGCUUUGAGGAGCCUUUGGAAGACUUCUGGCCGCCCGGUUGGAUUUAUGCGAAGCUGACAGCGGACUUAAAAAGUGCGGUUCUUGACUCUGAAGCCUUCGGCUGGGAGGCGGGGGCGCAGAUGCUCAGGCCUUUGCUUGAAAGGGCCUCUAGCUUGCGAGUCUUUGACGUCAGCUGUGGAUUGGGGUUGAGCUCCAUCACGGCAGCACGGGCAGGUCACAACGUCACAGCCACUGAGGUGUCGCUGGAUUUGCUCCGGAUGGCAGGGCGGAACGCGAAGCGGAACGGCGCUCGGAUGCGCUUGCAGCGCUGGGACUUCUUCAGAGCCGUGCCCGGAGGUUGGCGUUCUUCUCCGUCGCAGUCCAAGGCUUACGACCUUUGCCUGAUGGAUAUCGGCUGGGCCAACGUCCGCUUCCGGGAAUUCCAGAUGGGCAGAGACUCGAAGAUGCCGUCAGCAUCGGCGUGGCCCAGCGUGGAGAGGGUGCUGAAGGGCGCCUUGUUGCAUUUGCAGCAGCUGGGAGGCUGUCGGCUUCACGCCUUCGUCGCCGCCUCGCAGGUCGUUUCCGAAGAGGGUUUCUACGUCGACGGUCACUUUGGCUACGCGAACUUCACGUUGGAACUCCUGCAAAGCCUCGCAAGCUUCGCCACGGCUCUUGAAGGUCGCACCAGGCCGAGGUGGCCGGUGGUGAGCCCACUUGGCUUCCUGGAGAAAGUGGGAUGGCCCCUGAGAGAUGCGAAAGCCGUGGGACUCGUCAGCCUUGGGGCUUUGUACGUUUGGACGAAGCCUGCGGUGCUGGGCAAGGUUGUAGGCUACAACAUCUACCUGGGCGUGGCUUGGCAGCACCACGCCCGCUUCACGCGUGAGCGGCGUCGACUUCUCUUGACCUUUCCUCGUUGGCAAGGUUCAAAGGCCCUGUUUGCGUGGGACCCCACCUUCAAGCACACGGUUUGUGACCGCGGUAGGUUAAUUGCAGAGCCUUCUGGCCUCGGUUUGCCCGAUUGGGAGCGUGCACUCGAUGCCGUACACCUACCCAACACGACUAGUCCUUGCAGUGGAAGGUAUGUUCACGUCAACUCCUUCUCUGCCUUGGGUGGUGAGCAAACAACGCCUGCGAACGUUACCGAUUUCUUCUGGGUGGACAGGGAUCUGGAUCCAGGUGGUCCCUCGACGUACAGUCCUCCGGACUACAUCUACCGUACGGAGUACUACGUGCUCUACCUGGCUGCUGGGCCCAAUGGAGAGGACAGAUCUCAGAUGGGCCAGGAGGUGCCUGUGGGCAUCGAGAGAGCGGACGUGUUCGUGGACACUCCAACGGAGGUUCAUGGGUCGCGGGGAGUGGUUCUGCCCUUGUAG